UUCUUGAGAGCCAGGAAAGGCCAUAAAUAUUGGCUGCUCACCUUGUAUUUCAUUCCCCAUUCUCAUUUCUUCGUACCAGUGAGAUUGAGACAGUAACAGAGGAGAGCUUGUUUGUUUGCUUUGCCGGAAAGCCAUGGCAGAAGUGAAGCUAGUUGUGGCUCUGUUGCUCCUCGUCUAUGUGAGUUGGGCGGGAGCCCUGGUGCACCACGUCGUCGGCGGCGACCGUGGCUGGGACACAUCUUCCGAUGUCCAGGCCUGGUUGUCCAACAAAGUGUUCAGAGUCGGAGACAAAAUCUGGUUCAUAUACUCCGGAGGACAGGAGGGCGUAGUUGAGCUUAAGAGCAGGGAGGAAUUCGAUUCGUGCGAUGUGAGCAACCCCAUCAGGACAUACACGGAGGGUCUAGAUGCUGUAUUAAUGGGUAGCGAAGGGAUUCGCUACUUCACAAGCAGUAAGCCAAAGAGCUGCAAAGACGGCCUGAGGCUACUUGUGGAGGUCCAGUCCAAUCGUGAGAUCAAGAGCGAUGCCAAGUCAGAGACCGCUACAAUAACGCUGGCUGCUGGGCCCAUAUCCUUUUCUGUUGUAGCCCCCGCUGCAACGACCCUGGCUGCUGGGCCCAUAUCCUUUUCUGCUGGAGCCCCCGCUGCAACGACCCUGGCUGCUGGGCCCAUAUCCUCUCCUGCUGUAGGCCUUGCUGCAACGACCCUGGCUGAUGGGCCCAUAUCAUCUUCUGCAGUAGCCCCCGCUGCAACGACCCUGGCUCCUGAGCCCAUAUCACCUUCUGCUGCAACCCAUUUCACUUGCACCUAGACAUCCUUAAUUUAAAAUUUUAUUAAAUACCUUUCUUUUAUUUUUCAUUUAUUAUUUUUAUUUAUUUCUAUUUUAAUUUAAAAUAAAAAAGAUAUUUGAUGAAAUAUCAAAAUAAAAUGUAUUUAACCUAAACCUCGACAUGAAUAAAAUUUACCCUUGUUUUU